UUUUGAUUGCUUUUUGGUUUUAUAGGUAAGAAAUUGAUUAUGAAAAAGCUAAGUAAUUUGUCCGCGGAUGAGUGUUAAUGGUACCUCGCCCCCAGCCUACUGGCCUAGUGCAUAUCUACAUUAUUAUUUGAAGGAUAUAAACAUAAUAAUACUGUAUGAACAGAAAAAAAAUGAAUUAUGACUUAAGAUUUUCAUCUUUUGUUUUGUGACAUUUUGAAAGUUUCCGAGAAACAACAAUUGCUGCUUAAAUUGGUAAGACAUGAACAGAGGUUUACACACUAAAACAAAGCUAAAAUCUUUAAGGCAAAAUGAAGCAGAGGAGUUUCUUAUCAAUCCUCUGUUUUGUCCUUCUAACCUUUGGUGUUGCUUCUGUUUCAGCACAAACAUGCAUACAGAACCGUAAAUAUUUCAUACCCAACGGUACAUACGAUUCAAAUCGUCUUCUUCUCCUCUCUACUCUUCCUAACAAUACCGCGUCUCAAGAUGGUUUCUACUACGGUUCUAUUGGAGAAGAGCAGGAUCGAGUCUACGCAUUAGGGAUGUGCAUCCCAAGAUCAACUCCAAGUGACUGUUCUAAUUGUAUCAAGGGCGCGGCAGGCUGGUUGAUACAGGAUUGUGUCAACCAGACAGACGCGUAUUAUUGGGCACUUGAUCCAACGCUUUGCCUUGUCCGCUACUCCAACAUUUCUUUCUCAGGAUCUGCAGCUUUUUGGGAAACUACACCGCAGUAUUUGGUCUUGAACACUGCAACUAUCGCCUCAGAUCUAACAGAGUUCAAGACAAUAUGGGAAGACUUAACAUCUCGUAUGAUUACUGCAGCCUCCGCAGCAAGAAGAACACCAUCAUCCAGUGACAACCAUUACAGAGUUGAUUUUGCGAACUUGACAAAAUUCCAGAAUAUAUAUGCAUUAAUGCAAUGCACGCCAGAUAUUUCUUCUGACGAAUGUAACAGCUGUCUCCAACAAGGCGUACUUGAGUACCAGUCAUGCUGUGGAAAUAAUACAGGAGGCUAUGUUAUGCGGCCAAUCUGCUUUUUUCGGUGGCAGCUUUUUACAUUCUCUAAGGCUUUUGAUAACAUUACCCUGGCUACUCCUCCUUCUCCUCCUCUUUCUCCUCCUCCACUGCAACGUCCUGUGGUUGCGUCACAACCACCUUCUGCCAAGGACCGGCCCAAGACUACAGACAAUAGGAGAGGAAAUAUCUCAAUGAAAACUAUUGUAGCAAUUGUUGUGGUUGUUUUAGUCAUUGUCAUCAUCUUGGCACUUCUCGCUUGCCGGUUUGCUCGGAAAGGAAAACCAUAUCAAGAAGUUGAACUUAAUCAAACUGGUAUUACAACUGUACGGUCCCUGCAAUAUAAAUUUAAGACGAUCAAAUCUGCAACAAAGAAAUUUUCAGACAAAAUCGGCCAAGGUGGAUUUGGAAGUGUUUUCAAGGGUAUGUUGCCUGAUGGAAAAGAAAUUGCAGUGAAGAGGUUGUCAAAAUCAUCAGAACAAGGUGAGAAAGAGUUCAAGAACGAGGUUGUUGUUGUCGCCAAACUUCAGCAUAGAAAUCUUGUUAGACUUCUCGGUUUUUCUGUCAAAGGAGAAGAAAAGAUACUAGUGUACGAGUUUGUGCCCAACAAAAGUCUUGAUUGUUUCCUUUCUGACCCUAUAAAGCAAAGAGAGUUAGACUGGACAAAGCGGUAUAUGAUCAUUGGAGGAAUUGCUAAAGGGAUUCAAUAUCUUCAUCAUGGUUCACGGAUCAAAAUCAUACAUCGUGACCUCAAAGCAGAAAACAUACUCUUGGAUGGUGAUAUGAACCCGAAGAUUUCUGAUUUUGGAAUGGCAAGGAUCUUUGGGAUGGAUCAAACUAGAGCUAACACAAGAAGGAUUGUUGGAACUGAAGGUUAUAUGCCCCCAGAGUAUAGGAUCGACGGGCAAUUCUCAAUGAAAUCUGAUGUGUAUAGCUAUGGAGUCUUAGUUCUUGAGAUUAUAUGCGGCAAGAAGAACAGGAACUUCUGCCCUCCGGCUCCAAAUUUGGUCACAUACGCUUGGAGGUUAUGGAGAGACGGGGCACCAUUAGAACUCGUGGAUCCAAUCAUUUCAGAGAAUUGUCCAACCGAAGAAGUGAUAAGAUGCAUCCACAUUGCGCUCUUAUGUGUUCAAGAAAAUCCUACAGAUCGUCCCGACAUUUCGAUAAUCAUGUCGAUGCUCACUAGCAAUUCCGUCAUCUUACCUGUUCCUGAACCACCUGGAUUCUUCAUUUCAAAUACACAAUACCAAUCUACGAGGAGGUCCAAUUCCCAAACUAUCAAUGAUGAAACUUGAUCCUCGCUGAAGAUGAUGUUCCAUUGAAACAUUGAAACUGUUGUAAGUAAACUAUAUUUUCUGGUAUUUCAGUUUGAACUGUAAUGAAUUAUUCAAAAGUUAUGUAUGUGUAAAUUGUGAGAUACUCAUCAAAGUAGUUAUGUACACUUUUAGCAUUUUCUAUUUUUUACAUUCUUAUACCAGCUCUUUGUUAUAAAAUCCUUGUAUGAAUUUUAUCAAUUUACUUACUUAACCGGUCCUCUCUAGCCGGGGCUCACUCAA